CUCUCUGUGAAGAAGCUCAUCAUCGCGACCUGACCAAAGGAAUGACAAGAUGGCGGAGUGAAUAAGCUGCGAGUUGGAGUAUCAGGAAUUUGAGGGCUAAAAAUUCCAGUGUAGCAGCGAGUUGGAGACGACUCGGCUCCAACUCGAGCGGUAACAGUGGGGCAGGCAGCCGUGACACAGCUGAAUUGCCGAGUCAUUUUCUGCCCUCUUCAUCUCAAAUAUUGUAGGACUUCUGACGCUGGAAGAAAGGAACAGAGUAAACAGCGGCUGGAAGAAUCUCUAUAUGUAAUCCCUGUAUUGUAGAAAAGAUACUUCUUAUGACUGUACCACAGUCUUAAAAAUCGGAUUUGCCGGCAUCACUGCGGAACCUUUUCAUUUUUAAGCCGGGACCUGCUUUGGGACGCUUUAUGUUCGUCUAGUAGAAAGGAUAAAAGGACGGCGGAGAUUCCCAGACUUUUAUCACCUUUUCCCUGCUCGGGCGUCGCUGGCGAUUCAGGGGACAUGGCAAGCAGUAGCGGCUCGAAAGCCGAGUUUAUAGUCGGUGGGAAAUACAAACUCGUACGGAAAAUUGGAUCCGGAUCUUUCGGGGACAUUUAUUUGGCUAUUAAUAUCACAAAUGGGGAGGAAGUAGCUGUAAAAUUGGAGUCCCAGAAAGCCAGACAUCCACAGCUACUCUAUGAAAGUAAACUGUAUAAAAUUUUGCAGGGGGGCGUCGGAAUUCCACACAUUCGGUGGUAUGGACAGGAGAAGGAUUACAAUGUCCUAGUUAUGGAUUUGCUGGGGCCCAGUUUGGAAGACCUCUUCAAUUUCUGUUCUCGUAGGUUCACCAUGAAAACAGUUCUUAUGUUAGCAGACCAGAUGAUCAGCAGAAUUGAGUAUGUGCAUACAAAGAAUUUCAUCCAUAGAGAUAUCAAACCAGAUAACUUUUUAAUGGGCAUUGGGCGCCACUGUAAUAAGUGUUUAGAAUAUCCAGUGGGGAAGAGGAAACGAAGCUUGGCUGUUAGUUCUUCUCAGGACCCAGCUUUCUCAGGAUUAAACCAGCUUUUUCUUAUUGACUUCGGUUUGGCCAAAAAAUACCGGGACAACAGGACACGGCAGCACAUACCUUACAGAGAAGACAAAAACCUCACCGGCACUGCUCGCUAUGCAAGCAUAAAUGCACACUUGGGAAUUGAACAGAGCCGUCGGGAUGAUAUGGAGUCUCUAGGAUAUGUGCUGAUGUACUUCAACAGAACCAGCCUGCCGUGGCAGGGAUUAAAGGCUGCCACAAAGAAACAGAAGUAUGAGAAGAUAAGUGAAAAGAAGAUGUCUACUCCUGUUGAAGUUUUGUGUAAGGGAUUCCCAGCAGAGUUUGCUAUGUAUCUGAAUUACUGCCGUGGCCUCCGAUUUGAGGAAGCACCAGACUACAUGUAUUUAAGGCAACUCUUCCGUAUUCUCUUCAGAACAUUAAAUCAUCAGUAUGAUUACACGUUUGAUUGGACAAUGUUGAAGCAGAAAGCCGCCCAACAGGCAGCCUCCUCCGGAAGUCAGGGGCAGCAGGUUCAAACUCCCACAGGCAAGCAAACUGACAAACCCAAGAGUAACAUGAAAGGUUUCUGAGCAUUAAGACCACAUGAUGAAGCAGUGCAGAAUGGUCAUAGCAAGAUUUGCCUUCUGAUUACUCCCCGGAAUCUAGGAUUGUAUCACAAGAAUUGCCAGGCGAUGUGGGCAACCAUUUUUUUGCUGUAGUAAAAAAUGAAAACACAGACUUUUGUUUCAUAUUAUAUAUGUAAUCAGUAUAUAUAGAUAUUCCUGGUGUGUAUCUAUAUAUAGCUAUGUACAUAUUAUAUACAGUGUACACAAAGAAAAAGCUGGCAGUUGUUAUGGAGCCUUGAAGCUGUAGCCUUUUGCCGUGUCCUAAAUCUAAAGACAUUUCCAGUUUCCUUAGCAGCUCCUUGAAUGGAGAACUGUACAAACGGUGGGCUCACAGAGAAGGUAAUUGUGCAUAUGCCAAUUUUCCUUGAUUUCCUGUUUCUGGAUUGAACUGCUUGGAUGCCACCCUAUCCAUAACACCACCCAUCUCCUCAGAAGUGCCCCACACUGAGCUAUUCCUGAUGGACAGAGGGGCAUGUUUUCCGAAUUGUAUAUCAGUCAUCCUUACAGUUGGGGAGGAGGGAAGAUUUUGGAAGCACCGUUUUACUUUACAUAACAAUCUCCUAUUUAGCUUUCCAUUUGGAAUGAGUAAAAAGUGUUCAAUUCAAGUAAGGUUUGCAUCGUCAGUUAAUGGAUUUAUUAGUUAGCAAAUGUUGGGACGCUUUUUAAAAUUUUUUUUCAGAAGUGGUAAAUAAGACUCUGCCUGCUGACUUGUGCUAGAAAGAGCGUCUAAUGUGAAGAAGUAAAACUAAAAAAAAAAAAAUGCUAGUGACUACUAGAUUUCUCUUAGAUCGCUGCAUUAACUAUAUUGUACUUGGUAUACAGAAUUUAAAGAAAAGCAUAUUCAUGACAGAUUAGGUAUUCCUGACUGAACCUGUAAGUAAAUUGCUUAGACGAUGUAAUUGUAUAAAUCCAUAAUCUGGAGUUCUCCCCCUUGACCAUUGUUAACAUGAUUUGUUUACAUGUUAAUUGAGUGAAGUAAACAAACUACCCUUUCUGUUAAGCAAAAAUAGACCAAUUUUACUGCUGUGAUUACCACAUUGUAUGGAAAUGUAAAGAGAAAUCUUCCCUUCCAUUUUGUUUUUGUGUUUUUUUUUUGUUUUUUUUAUUUUACAGUAAAUAUCCAAAACAAAUUUACUUAAGUCAUUUCUUUACAGGUGUGCUUUUAGAUUUACAGAAAAUUGUGUUUUUUAUUAAAUAUUGUUUAUUUUGUAUUUUUUCCUCUUGGGGAAUUGGGUGUUUUUAUGUUGGUUCUUCUGCAAUGAAACAGGUCCUUACAACGUAUCUUCAGGACUGUCUCUUUGGCAGAGAAAUAUGAAGCUACUGUUUGCAAUGGUGGUGCAAGUUUGAUUUUUUUUUUUUUAAAUCUUCAAGAAAGUGGUUUGAAUGCUUUUUUAUUUUCUUUGAAAAAUUAUCACAUGAUGAAAGAAGUUAAUUUGCCUUAUGUCAUAUAGGCUUUAGCCACAAUUAGUUAAGACCAGCACCUUGUGGGCUGACUUGACUGGCUUCCCUAUUAUUCCUUCUCUGACCCAGCUGAGUCUAUUUUAUUUGCUGGACAUACUAUAACUGUAAUUUAUUCCCUUUUAGCAUGUCAGAAUAAAUUAAAAAUUACUUGGCAGUACUGUCGUCCCCGUCUUCUGUGUAAUUAAGUCCUUUGACUGUUUUGGUGAUAUUUGUAAAUGCCAAAAUAUUGUUAAAGCAAGGUCUUAUAUAUUGAGAUACAUCGGAUUAACCUUGUUUCGGUCAGAGAAAUGUAUAUAUGUUAAUUGAACUGAAAUUAGAAAGAUGCUUUUCAUUAAAAUGGGUCUCAAACACUA